UUACACACUUUCACAUAUCUUCUUCUUACUUCAUAAACAAAUCACUACCACAUAGAGAGAGAGAGUGAGUAGGUGAGAAAGAGAGUUUCCAAUGGCUAUACUCGGAAACACGUUCGGCACGGGGGUAAGUUACGCCGGACAGGUUCCGUUUAGGCGAGUCACCGCCGGAGAGGUGGGACGUAAGCAGCAGAGGAUGGCGGUGGUGAGAGCAGAAGGCGGCGGAGGAGGAGGAGGAAUCAAUCCGGAGAUCAGAAAGAACGAAGAGAAGGUUGUUGACUCUGUCGUCGUCACAGAGCUUUCCAAGAACAUAACUCCCUAUUGCAGGUGUUGGAGGUCUGGGACGUUUCCAUUGUGUGAUGGGAGUCAUGUGAAGCACAACAAAGCUAAUGGAGAUAAUGUUGGUCCUCUUCUUCUCAAGAAACAAUAGUUCUUUUUGUUUUUGUUUCUCGUUUUGUUGGGUGAUGUAUUGAUGAUACUCGUCUAAUUGAAUAAAAAAGAUUAUUAUCUAGUGAAACAAGGCUUUUUU